UGAACUAAAUUCAAAACUUAAGACUUUUUUGAAAAAAUCACAAUUCGAAAAAAAAUGUUCGUUUUUUACAAAACCCUUGGAUUAAUUUUCCUAUGCAGUGUAUGGAUAGGUGAGAGUAGUGGCCAGUUUUGUACUGAUCGAAAAUAUGUAACGAGAACUCGAAUUCAAUGGAACAACGGUGAACGUUUGGUCACAAAACGCGGCUGGUUUGGAAAUGUGAAAUAUAAAUAUGAACCCUAUGUUUAUUCAUCGACUCAGUACUAUACCGAUUAUGAGACCGUAUAUAAUUGUUGCCCCGGCUACAAAAAGCUCAGCUCCUCACAAUGUGUGCCCGAGUGUAGUCCACAAUGUCCCUCAAAUGCCCAGUGUAUACGACCCAAUGUCUGCCAAUGCUCCAGUGGCUAUUUCAGCUUGUUUUCUCAUCCAACAACAAUAAAAUGUCAACCUAUAUGUCCCAGGGGUUGCCCUGAAAAUUCCCAGUGCACAGCACCUGGUGUAUGUAGCUGUAAUCAAGGCUAUGAUGUUUCCGAAGCCGAAAAAUGUGUACCAAUAUGUGAGUCACCUUGUCCUGAAAAUGCUGAUUGUGUGAAACCAAAUCAAUGUGCCUGUUCUAAGGGUUAUGCGAAAGUGGAGAGUGUGUCGCACAAUGGCACAUUUGUUUGCCAAGCCACAUGUUCUCCUGAAUGUCCAGCCAAUUCGUUGUGCUCUAAACCAAAUGAAUGUAGCUGCGAAGAGGGUUAUCUGAUGAAGAAUGGAAUAUGUGAGCCGAUUUGUGAGACUCCCUGCAUGGAGAAUGGCUAUUGCCGGAAGCCCAAUCAAUGUGAGUGUGUGGAGGGCUAUGAAAUAGGUAAAGCGGAUGAGGUCCUGGUAUGUGUUGCCAAGUGUGAGAACGAGUGUCCAGAAAAUGGUUUUUGCGCAGAACCCAAUAAAUGUGAAUGUGAUCAAGGAUAUGCAAUGUCCAGCAAUGGAACAUGUGAUCCCGUGUGUGAUCCCGCAUGUCCUGAAAAUGGAAAAUGCAGCGGACCCAAUGAGUGUACCUGCCUGAAAGGCUAUCGCAUGGUGGAUGACCAUUGCGAACCCAUAUGUGAAAAUGAGUGUCCGGAAUAUGCCCACUGCUCGCAGCCCAAUAAAUGUGAAUGUUCCAAUGGCUAUCAACUGAAAUUGACUUCGAGCUAUAAUCUCUUCUGUGAGCCCCAGUGCCGGGGCAACUGUUCGACAUUUGGUAAAUGUGUCCAGCCCAAUCGAUGUGAGUGCCUGGAAGGCUAUGAAAUGGAUGAGGUGGAACAGUGUAAACCCAUUUGUGUAGGAGGUUGUUUAAAUGGCCUCUGCUACCGACCGGGGGUAUGUAUCUGCAAUCCAGGAUAUCUUAUGGGACCAUUCAAUACAUGCGAACCCACCUGUUCGCUGCCAUGUCAAAAUGGUACCUGUGUUGAGCCGGAGAUUUGUCAGUGCAGCGAGGGAUAUAGGCUGCAGGCGGGGAGUGUACACAUUUGUGAGCCCCUGUGUGAGCCGGCAUGUCACAAUGGCCUAUGUGUGGAACCGAAUAUUUGCCUCUGUCAUGACAACUAUGAGCCGACGGAAAUGCGACAGGGGGCCUACAAUCACAGCUAUUGUCAAAAGUCUACAACCAGCACUGUAGCGGCAAGUAUCGGUACGGAGCUGGUAACGACAACAGAAACCUCCAACCCCAGUUCCACCGCCAUCACCACCACCACCCUGGCCAUAAGUCCCCAACCGCAAAAUAUUACUAGAGUGACGCCCAAACCAACCUUUCCCCCGCAAAGCUGCUUGGAUCAAUGCCUGUGCUGGCAGGAAUAUGAUGAAUUUGGCUCAAUCUCCACCCAGCCCAAGUGUGUACACAUCUGUUUGGAUUCGCACGAUAAGCCCUGCCGCAAUGUCACCCAAUGUCACUGUGACAAUGAAAAGCUCCAGCUACUGUGUGCCAUGGAAAUCGAAGACUAUUCUGAAGAUGAUCCACAAAUUUACAUUUGUAAGAUACCAAAGCCUCAGACCACAACAUCCAUGCCCACAACCAACGCCUCCAAUGAAAUGAAAAUUACCGCAGAUCCAAAUGAAAAUUCCGGAAAUCUCCUGUGGCUUCUAUUGUCAUCGUUUAUGGGGGUUUGCUGUCUGGCUGCCCUGGUAUUUGUCGUCUAUAGGAAAUAUUGCCAAUAUGAAGAUCCCCUGGUGGAAUAUGAAUUAUAGAGAGAUAGGCCGGUUGGGCAGGUGGAAUAUACAAAAAUAAUAAUUAAAAAAUAUUUUAGAUUGUGAAGGAAAUUUAUAAAUAAAUUAAUUAAUAAAA